UCACGCCCGGCGCCCGCGCGUCCCGCCGGCUCCGCCAUGGCGCCGGGCAGCGACUUCUACCUGCGCUACUACGUGGGGCACAAAGGCAAGUUCGGACACGAGUUCCUGGAGUUCGAGUUCCGGCCGGACGGAAAGCUUAGAUAUGCCAACAACAGCAAUUACAAAAAUGACGUCAUGAUCAGAAAGGAGGCGUACGUCCACAAGAGCGUGGUGGAGGAGCUGAAGAGAGUCAUCGAGGACAGUGAGGUCACAGAGGAGGACGAUGCUCUGUGGCCAGCCCCGGACAGGGUUGGGCGGCAGGAGCUUGAAAUUGUGAUUGGAGACGAAUACAUUUCUUUUACCACGUCCAAAAUCGGUUCUCUUAUCGACGUAAACCAGUCAAAGGACCCGGAAGGCCUCCGAGUAUUUUACUACCUGGUACAAGACUUGAAAUGCUUGGUUUUCAGUCUCAUCGGAUUACACUUCAAGAUCAAACCCAUUUAGACCGUGUGUUUGAAGAUGUUUGUGUAUUUAAUUAGGGGAUGGGUGAGAGAGGGUAUUUUUUUUUUGUAAUUUGGGGAUUUUUUUAUUAAUGUGGAACAAAAACUAUUCUUUUGUAUGUGAACUGAAAACAUGAAAAUAAGAAAACAAGCUGACUGGAUUUUCUUACUUGGGCCCAAGUGGGUUAGACAGACCCCGGACCCAUAUUAAAUUCUGUAAAUAAAAAUUUCUGUCGGGUGAAA